GGUUCCCGGGCCGAGCCGAGCCCAGCCAAGCCGCACUGGCUUCUUUGUCUACAGGCGGCGGCCGCCCCGAGCCCCGGCCUCCCGGCCCGGGCUGUGAGAUGAAUCUCUAAUCGGUAGCCACCAGGCACCCGGGGCGAAGGCGGCUCGGGCUCGGGCUCGGGCUCCGGAUGUGCUAGGUGUGGGCCGACCCCCACCCCACCCUGACAAGUGACCAUGGACCCAGGAGCUGGCCCAGAGUCAUCUCUGACUGUCAAUGAGCAGGUCAUCGUGAUGUCAGGCCAUGAGACCAUCCGUGUGCUGGAAGUUGGCGUGGACGCCCAGAUCCCUUCUGAGGAGGAGGGCAAAGGACUGGAGGCUGUGGCCGCCGAGGGCUGCCAGAGCGGAGGCCCUGCUGAAGCCCAUGAACCAGCUGGUGAAGCUGGGCCAGACAACCCAGACUCCUCUGCAGAGGCAACUGUGAAGUCACUCCCAGGGAUCCCUUCGAGCCCUGUCCCUGCUGUCGCCACGUUCAACCAAGCCCCAAGCCAGCCUCAGGCAUCGCAGACCCUGACACCACUGGCUGUACAAGCUGCCCCCCAGGUCUUGACUCAGGAAAACUUAGCCACAGUUCUGACAGGAGUUAUGGUUCCAGCAGGGGCAGUUACUCAACCUCUUCUUAUCCCCAUCAGUAUUGCAGGUCAAGUGGCUGGUCAGCAGGGGCUGGCCGUGUGGACAAUUCCUACAGCAACCGUGGCUGCCCUCCCAGGACUGACCGCUGCUUCUCCUACGGGGGGAAUUUUCAAGCCACCUUUAGCCAGUCUCCAAGCAGCUGCCGUGCUGAACACCGCUCUCCCAGCACCCGUUCAAGCUGCCCCACCGGUACAGGCCUCCUCGCCUGCCCAGCCCCGGCCACCAGCUCAGCCCCAGACGCUGUUCCAGACCCCGCCGCUGCUGCAGACCACGCCUGCCAUUCUACCGCAGCCCACUGCUACCACCGCUGCUGCCCCCACCCCCAAGCCACUGGACACCCCCCAACAGAUCACCCUCCAGCCUGCAGGCUUUGCAUUUAGCCCGGGAAUCAUCAGUGCUGCUUCCCUCGGGGGACAGACCCAGAUCCUGGGCUCCCUCACGACAACUCCGGUCAUUGCCAAUGCCCUUCCCAGCAUGCCAGGGAUCAGCAGUCAGAUCCUCACCAAUGCUCAGGGACAGGUUAUUGGAACACUUCCGUGGGUAGUGAACUCGGCCAGCGUGGCAGCCCCAGCACCCGCCCAAAGCCUGCAGGUCCAGGCUGUGACCCCCCAGCUGCUGCUGAACGCCCAGGGCCAGGUGAUUGCCACCUUGGCCAGCAGCCCCCUGCCUCCACCUGUGGCUGUCCGGAAGCCAAGCACGCCUGAGUCCCCUGCUAAGAGUGAGGUGCAGCCCAUCCAGCCGACGCCGGCCGUGCCCCCGCCUGCUGUGGUCAUCGCCAGCCCGGCCCCAGCGGCCAAGCCGUCUGCCUCCGCUCCCAUCCCAAUUACCUGCUCAGAGACCCCCACUGUCAGCCAGCUGGUGUCCAAGCCACAUACCCCAAGUCUGGAUGAGGAUGGAAUCAACUUAGAAGAGAUCCGGGAGUUUGCCAAGAACUUCAAGAUCCGGCGGCUGUCCCUGGGCCUCACACAGACCCAGGUGGGGCAGGCUCUGACUGCAACAGAAGGCCCGGCCUACAGCCAGUCAGCCAUCUGCCGGUUCGAGAAGCUGGACAUCACGCCCAAGAGCGCCCAGAAGCUGAAGCCGGUGCUGGAGAAGUGGCUGAAUGAAGCCGAGCUCCGGAACCAAGAAGGCCAGCAGAACCUGAUGGAGUUUGUGGGCGGGGAGCCCUCCAAGAAACGCAAACGCCGCACGUCUUUCACCCCCCAGGCCAUAGUGGCCCUCAAUGCCUACUUCGAGAAGAACCCGCUGCCCACUGGCCAGGAAAUAACCGAGAUUGCUAAGGAGCUCAACUAUGACCGGGAGGUCGUGCGGGUCUGGUUCUGCAACCGGCGCCAGACACUCAAGAACACCAGCAAGCUGAACGUCUUUCAGAUCCCUUAGGGCUCAGCCCCCAGCCCUGCGUUCCAGCACUUUGUACUUGUCCCUUGGCACCCGGCUGCAGCCACGGCCGUGACAGCACCUGUCAUUCCGCUACCUGUGGCUGUGCUUGUCCUGGGUCUUGAGACUCUACCGUGUGCAUGCGCGUCAGCUGCCUCCCCCGUGUCCCCCACAUAUUGCACACCACGCGGAGGGCAGAGGGGCCCGCUGAGCGUGUCGGGCUCUGGGCUGCUCACGCCGAGGGAGGGAAUUCGUGGUGUCACUUAAAGAAGCACUUUGCUAACGUGGUUUUUGAAGGGUGAAUUCUGCCCUGUCUGUGGGGCAGGGCUGCAGCAGCCCCUAAAGACUGGUCAUUAGCUCUUGGUUUUGAUGGCAUUCUCUUUCCACCCUCUCUCCUGUGCUCCUCUGUGUAAGUGUGGCAGGUGUGGCAGCGUGUCCGUAGAACCACAAGCUCACCCCCCUUUGCCUGCAGGCACACUAUCCCCCGAGAGGACCCAACGCCACAGUUCUGAAAAGUGUGAUGUGCUGCUCAGGAGGUCAGGCUCAGUGUCUGCCUUGACCUCAAGGUCAGAAGUUUCCACGGCCCUGGGGCCAGAACGUGUCACCUCCUCUCCCACCUCUCCCUGGUUCCUAUGGAGGAAAAUUGCACUAAAGCAGAACCUUUUCUUUUGUAGUCCAUGUUGGAAGGAAGCAACAGUGAGCUCUAGCUGUCCCGGAGGUGACCUGGAUUUGUGGCAGGUUGGGAAUUUAGUAAAUAAGGCCGUUCUUCCAGAUUUUAAUCUAAUCUCUAUCCUUAACUAUCUCCUCCAAAACAGUGUGCGUUCAGAGAACUUGCAGCCUGGAAAAUCCCCUCCCCACCCAAGUAAGCAGGCACUUCGGAGAAAAAUGAGGAAAGACAUACUGGCUCUUUCUCUUGUCCUCACAUUCUUUCCCAAGCCAGGAUUGGGGCCUUUUCAGAAGGGGCAAAUCAAACAAUAAACCAGACAGCAAGGCCUGGGAGAAAAGCCAACAUCCAGAAAGAGCGGAUGGCGGCCCAGGAAGGUCUCUUGUGGAAGGUGACUUAACUCUAAUUUUCUUUGUCACUUUAAGCCUUGGAUAGUGGAGGAGAAAUCUUCUGUCCAGAGUCUUAGACCCUGCAUUUGUGGGAACAAUCCCCUCAGUGCCCCACUGAACAAAGAACACCCCUGCGGCGGGCCGGCUUUUGCCCCAGGAGGGUAACCUCGGCACAUGGGGGGGUUGGCUGCUCGCCCAAGCACCUAACUGAGAGUUUCCCAGCCUCACUGUGGCUCAGUAAUCCCUGGAACUCAGCACGUGACUCCAGGAAGUCAGCAAGAACUACAGCGUUUGCUUCGAUGAGGCCAGCCUUGCUGCAUAGACCAUCCCCCCGGGCCACAAGUCACAGGGGUCUGCCACGCUCCGUCACUCCUCCUGUCCUGACAGAGCCAGGUCUCUAGCAGCUGCCCUCCACUGCACCUCACAUGGUACAGCCCGAGGAGGCGACUGCCAGGAGGUGAGGGCCCGUCACUCACUGUGCUGGUCACUACAGCCACCUCCCAGCCUAGCCUCCUCUAGCAUGCUGUUUCCUUCCCUGCCUACAACUGGUCCCUCCCAGGCUCCACAGUGCCAGCGUGGUCACCCUCUCAGUCGCCCUGCCAGCGUGGGAACCCAGCUUUGUGUCAAGGUGCCACAUACACUCCUGCCCCACGCUACUGGGACCAGCAAACCUGUCGGAGUGAGGCAGGAGUGAGGAAGCAGGUAACUGCCUUGCCUGCCCCAGCUUCCCAGGAGAAAAUGUCUCCAAAGGAGGGAGGGUCCACACUCAAGUUCAGGGUUAUCGACCUGUCUCAGUGAGAUGAAGGGAGGGGUGUUGUAAACAAGUUUUCGGUAAUAAAGUCCUGGAGCUUGUUAAGGAUUCCGUGAUUUACACUGCAGUAAAUUAGAGAGCUACAGGUUCUCACCCUCAAACUCUUGCGUUCAGAUGCACUUCCUUCCAGGUGGGUCACAGCCAGUACCCUGGGGGUAGCCAAUAGCCUAGGGUGUGUCCGUGGCAGUGGCCAUGCAGGACACCAACUGUCUGGUGUCAGGGCAAGAAAAGGAUAAUGAACUGCUGGUCUAAAUUAGGUCUGGUUGUGCUUUCUCGGUUCCUCUCUCAUCUAAACCCGUCUUUCCAAGGCUGGGCUGGAGCUAAACCAUUUUCUCUUCUGCAGGGAGGAUGGUGGGUCUUCCAGAGGAAUGGUGUCGGGGCAGAAUAUUUGCAGGCAGAGUUCCCCAGGCAGGAGGCGCAGGGUGUCCCCGAAAUGUGCCCAAAGCAGAGCUCAUUGGCCUACAAUCUCCUGCUUCCCCACCGUAGGAAACACAACCCCCUGGGAAGCACCUGUGGCCCUGAGGUGGGCUUUCUGUUUUGUUUCUGGUAACAUCAGACUCUAAAGGGAGCUGAUAUAAAUUUUGUUUUGAAAGCACCUUUCUGGACUUAAAGCCAGAGCUCAGUGGCUCCUUUGCCAUGGAAAGGAGGGAGAAAGGGCGGUUCUGGUUUCACUGUUUGCUUGUGGUUUUGUUUGUUUGUUUUUGUUUUAAAUAAAAGAAAAACCAAAACUUUCCAGGCCUGGUGAAUUAGCUGAGACCUUUGACCCUGCAUUGUGCAUAGUAUUUUAUCAGCUGAGGUCCAGGGAACGAAUUUGGCCAAAUGGAUUGAGGAAUACACUCGAAUUUGGAAUGAGAAUCCAUGACCAUUUUUGUGUCCUUGC